CGUUUCGCCCGUUUGGCGCCGACGGUAGCUCAAACGCAAACCUACGACGGAGGUGUCGCUAUAGCCAGGCAGUACAGGGUCAACGAGCAAAUACGCGUCCCGCGAGUACGGGUCAUAGGGGAGGAUGGCGAACAGCUGGGCGUUAUGACAGUGCCCGAUGCUCUUGCCAGGGCGCGCAUUAACGAACUUGACCUGGUGGAAGUGGCGCCCAACGCUGACCCACCGGUUUGCCGGCUGCUGGAUUACGGGAAGCUGCGCUACCUCACUUCCAAAAAAGAACGCGAAACCCGCAAAUCCCAGAAAAGCAAUGACCUGAAGGAAGUGCGCUUCCGGCCCAACAUCGGCGUUCACGACUUUUACGCUAAAUUGCGCAAAGUUCGCCAGUUCAUCGGAAAUGGUGAUAAAGUUAAACUCACAGUUCGUUUCCGAGGCCGUGAAGCCGUGCAUCAACAGCUCGGCCUAUCGCUUUUGAAACGGGUUGCCGACGACCUGAAAGACGACGUUCGCCUGGAGCACGCCCCCUCUAUGGAGGGUCGUGCCAUGUCGAUGGUUCUCAUUCCGAGUCCCACCAGCACGGUGAAAAGCGAACGCAACGACAACGCAACAGCAGUAACCACGGAAUAG